AUGUCGAUGCCCACAAAUCCAACCACAGACAUGCAAGAAGUGCGGCAUCAGCUCGAGAUGUUUAGGAAGACGUUCGACGAAACCUUUGAAGAUGUUUCAUCGGCCAAAAAUGUCAUCAAGACGGUGAUCGACCGCACGAUGAGUCAAUUCCCACUUUCCAAACAGGGGGAACUCAAACUAGGCAACCAAUUCUUGGAGUUAGCUGAUCGCUGCGCCAAAAUUGAAUCCUCUGGUUUCUGUUCUAUCCUUGGCGAGCUCGCUCAAUUAAACGAAAAGCUGCACCAACUUGCCGCUUAUGAUGAGGCCGCUCAGGACUAUUCCACCCAAGCUUUAUCUGAAACGGAACUGGCAAUUAUAAACAAAGCAGACGAGGAUCCACCCAUGAAAUGUCUUUGUGAGAGUUAUGAAUUCUUCCUUCGUCUUGAUGAGCUUAAGCAUAACCGGGGAAUUUGCUUGUCUCUAGCAGUUUUCCCUAAUAAUGCUGUUCUCAGGAAAAGGCUUCUUAUUUAUUGGUGGAUUGGGGAAGGGUUGGUCCGGCACGAGGAAGAAGGCGAAAGAGUAUUCCAAGAGCUUUUGGAUUUAGAAUUCCUUAUACCCCAUGACAAGUGCCCAAGAGUGAGCAAAUGUCGAAUUUUCCCUUGGUUUCGUUACAUGUUGAUCUCAGUUGCCCUGAGAGAGAAACUUUUGAAAUUAGAUCAGGGCAAGAUACCACGUUUUGAUCCUGCCCAUUCUCAGCGUACUUGUUUGAUCGAUGAUCGCUUUAAUUCGGAAAUUGAAACAGAAUCCACACCGGAGACUUGGAGGACCAUUUUUAAUGUAAACGGGAGAGAUCUUCAUUUUCGACACCAGUGGCUUGCUACACUGAAGACAUUGGCGGUGCUUCAACUUGGUCGUUGGCAGGUUUCUCCCACCUAUCACAUUGAAGUUCGAGAUGAAUCGUUCCUAAAAGGUUUGAAGACCCAGAAACUGCUCAAGUAUCUCAGCCUGCGUGGGAUUUCAAGAAUAACUUCACUUCCAGACUCCAUUAGAGAACUGGCCAGCCUUGAAAUCCUAGACCUCAAGGCCUGUCACAAUCUAGAAACCUUGCCUGCUGUCAUUGCAUCACUAAAAAAGCUCACACAUUUGGAUGUAUCAGAAUGUUACCUACUGGAGAGCUUGCCAAAGGGUCUCGACAAGCUCACUUCGUUGCAAGUACUCAAGGGAUUCAUAAUAGGAAGUUCACAGAAGACUCCCAUCAGAAUAUGGCAUCUUCGAAGCCUGAAGAAUCUCAAGCGAUUAAGUAUACAUAUAGGGAGUGAGGCUAACAUCCAGGGAGAGGAAUUCGAGAAGUUGAAGGAUUUAGAAAAGGUAAAGUGCCUGAAAAUAUCUUGGGGUAAAACAGAUGCUGAAAAGUCUGUGUCUUUUCCGCCUUGGCUACAAAAGCUGGAUCUUGAAGGCAUUCCUCAUGACAGGAAGCCAGAAUGGCUAAAGCCCAGCAAACUGAUGAAUCUGGAGACGCUACACAUCAAGGGAGGAAGGCUCAGGAAUUUAUUAGAUGAGGAAGGGCGGUGGGAAAAUGUGAAAUAUUUGGUGCUCAAGUACACUAAGAUGCCGCCGGUUAAUCAGGAAACUCUGAGGUCAAGGUUUCCUUCACUCCAAUACGUGAAGAAGGUUGAGUGGGCAGAGAAUGUAACACAAGAAGUUGUCGAGUAUGAAUGGAACAAGGUUGGGGCUGUGACAGAUUGAGUUUCAAAUCAAUUUCCACUUCCAAAUUGUGAAAUAAAAGAACAUUUGUUGCAAAUAAUUGCUUUGGGACUUGAAUAUCAUUUUUCUCGAGAUA